AUGUCUUCAGCACUCAACGCGAUCAAGAUUCGUCGCAAGAAGAAUGUCAAGAAGGGAAUUCAGUUUUGUUUGAUGGUCUGCGGUGCAAGCGGUACCGGACGCACAACUUUCGUCAACACUCUCUGCGGCAAGCAGGUGUUGGAGGGCAAGGAUGCCGAUGAUGCUGCCAACGCUCACCUCGAGGAGGGUGUCCGCAUUAAGCCCGUCACCGUCGGUGACUUCGGCGAAAUUGUUGGCUACCUCGAGCGCCAAUACGAUGAUAUUCUCGCGGAAGAGUCACGAAUCAAGCGUAACCCUCGCUUCAGAGACAACCGAGUUCACGUCCUGCUUUACUUCAUCACACCCACUGGCCACGGUCUGCGUGAACUCGACAUUGAACUGAUGAAGCGCCUCUCCCCUCGCGUCAACGUCAUUCCCGUUAUCGGAAAGGCCGACUCCCUCACCCCCGCCGAAUUGGCCGAGUCUAAGAAGCUGAUCAUGGAGGACAUUGAGCACUACCGUAUCCCCGUCUACAACUUCCCCUACGACAUCGAGGAGGAUGACGAGGACACUGUGGAGGAGAAUGCCGAGCUGCGUGGUCUGAUGCCCUUCGCCAUUGUUGGAUCCGAGGAUUUCGUCGAGAUCGAUGACCGCAAAGUGCGCGCACGCCAGUACCCAUGGGGUGUUGUCGAGGUUGAGAACCCUCGUCACUCCGACUUCCUCGCCAUUCGCAGCGCUCUCCUUCACAGCCACCUGGGUGACUUGAAGGAAAUUACCCACGACUUCCUCUACGAGAACUACCGUACCGAGAAGCUCAGCAAGAGCGUCGAUGGUGCUUCUCCAUCUGGCCAAGAUUCUUCCAUGAACCCCGAGGAUCUUGCCUCCCAAUCCGUGCGCCUCAAGGAGGAGCAGCUUCGCCGCGAGGAGGAGAAGCUGCGCGAGAUCGAGAUCAAGGUCCAGCGCGAGAUUGCCGAGAAGCGACAGGAGCUGCUGGCUCGCGAGAGCCAACUCCGCGAGAUCGAGGCUCGCAUGCAGCGCGAGCAGCAAAACGGCGAAGCUACCAACGGAGAGGCCUAG